AUGCCCCCCGUUCAGGCCUGCGACAGAUCAAAAGUGCUCGUCUUCGGAGCAGGGAACUUUGGUAGCUGUCUUGCAGACCAUCUAGGCGAUUCCUUGCACAAUGUCUUCAUGUGGUCACGCUCCGCGGAUGUCGUCUCCCACUUCAACCAAUACCAUCGCAACUCUGAGGUCCUCCAAGACCACGUCUUUGCGGAGUCUAUCACUGCUGUUGGACCGGAGUUUCCGUCGGCGGAGCUGAUCCAAGACAUGGAUGUUCUUCUGUUCGCUAUUCCGACAGAAGGUGUGAGAGCAACUCUUACUGCCCUGAAGCCCACGCUUGAAGGCAGGAAACUGCCUCUUUUGAUAUUUGUCAACAAGGGCAUUGAGAUCAAAACCAGAGCUCUGACUCUUGAAAUCAUCGCGGAUACUUGCGGCCCCGAAAUCGCCAAGGUCGCUACUUUCAUUUCCGGCCCAUCCUUCGCGAAAGAAAUUGUCAAGAGGCAACCAACCUCUGUCUCCGUCGUCUCCCUAUCCACUGAGCACGCACAGCUUGCCUCGCAAUUGUUCCACCAGCCGUGGUUUCGCUGCUACACCGGUGACGACCCAAUUGGAGUAGAGCUCGCCGGCGCCCUGAAGAAUGUCUACGCCAUUGCGGCGGGCAUAGCAGCCGGGCUGGGGUACGAGAACAACGCACGAGCAAUGCUCAUCACCCGAGGCCUUGCUGAGAUGACAAGGAUUGGGACCGCAUACGGGGCUUCGCCUCUGACGUUCCUGACCCUGGCGGGCGUCGGAGAUCUGUUCCUCACAUGCAGUUCCCCAACUAGUCGGAACUACACCGUGGGCUAUAGGCUAGGACAAGGAGAGAAGCUGGAUCACAUCAUCCAGACCUUGGGCAGUGUCGCGGAAGGCGUGACGACAGCGAAGGGAUUGAAGGCGAUUGUGGAUGAGCUGGGAAUCAAGGCCCAGCUGGCAACCGGGAUCUACGAUGUCCUGUACGGAGGCCGGGAUGUUGCGGAACGGGCGAACGAGCUGCUGGCGCUCCCGCCGAACCGCGAGCUGGACCUGCCGGAGGAAAGCGGGAAGCCGGCGAAAAGAUUGCUGAAGAAGCUCGGACUCGAGGAGUAG